AUGGCGACGUCCCGCGGUGCCUGCGCCCUCCUCCUCCGCCUCCUCCUCCUCUUCUGCCUGCCGGGGCUGCGGCGAGGGGCGCGGGGCGGCGGGCAGCGCCCGGGGGGCUGCCCGGCUCCGUGCCGCUGCGAGCAGGAGGGCAUGCUCGUCCGCGCCGACUGCUCCGACCUGGGGCUCACGGCUGUUCCCUCCAACCUCAGCGUCUUCACCUCCUACCUUGAUCUCAGUAUGAACAACAUUACUAAGCUGCCCUCAAACCCUGUGCACAAUCUCCGCUUCCUGGAAGAGCUACGUCUUGCAGGAAAUGGCUUGACAUACAUUCCUAAGGGAGCAUUUGCUGGCCUUUUCAGUCUUAAAGUGCUGAUGCUGCAGAAUAACCAGCUACGGCAGGUUCCUACUGAAGCACUCCAGAACUUGCGCAGCCUGCAAUCUCUACGUCUGGAUGCCAACCACAUCAACUAUGUGCCCCCCAACUGCUUCAAUGGCUUGGUCUCCCUUAGACACCUGUGGCUAGAUGAUAACUCCUUGACAGAAAUUCCCGUCCAAGCUUUUAGAAGUUUACCAGCACUUCAGGCAAUGACAUUGGCACUGAAUAAAAUUCAUUACAUACCAGACUAUGCUUUUGGAAACCUCUCUAGUUUGGUAGUUCUACAUCUCCAUAACAAUAGAAUCUACUCCCUGGGAAAGAAAUGCUUUGAUGGGCUCCACAGCCUAGAGACUUUAGAUUUAAAUUACAACAGUCUGGACGAGUUCCCCACUGCUAUCAGGACACUAACAAACCUAAAAGAACUGGGAUUUCACAGCAAUAACAUCAAGUCAAUACCUGAGCGUGCAUUUGUGGGGAAUCCGUCACUUAUCACAAUACAUUUUUAUGACAACCCUAUACAUCUUGUUGGAAAAUCUGCUUUUCAACACUUACCAGAACUCCGAACUCUAACUUUAAAUGGUGCUUCACAGAUAACCGAGUUUCCUGACCUGACAGGGACUACAAGUCUGGAGAGUUUGACACUCACUGGAGCACAGAUCACCUCUCUCCCCAAAUCAGCUUGUGACCAGUUACCUAAUCUCCAAGUCCUGGAUCUGUCUUACAACCUGCUGGAAGAUUUACCCUGUUUUACCGCAUGUAAAAGACUCCAAAAAAUUGACUUGCAUCACAAUGAAAUUGGUGAAAUCAAAGCAGACACGUUUCGGCAGCUGGCUGCUCUUCGGUCUCUGGAUUUAGCUUGGAACAAAAUUAAAAUUAUUCACCCCAAUGCCUUCUCCUCUUUACCAUCUCUGAUCAAACUGGAUGUGUCAUCCAACCUUUUGUCCUCUUUUCCUGUGACGGGGCUACAUGGUUUAACUCAUUUAAAAUUAACAGGAAAUCAUGCCCUACAAAGUUUGAUAUCAUCUGAAAAUUUUCCAGAACUCAAGGUCAUGGAAAUGCCUUAUGCUUAUCAGUGCUGUGCCUUUGGAGCUUGUGAGAGCCACUACAAAAUCUCCAGCCAGUGGAACAAAGAUGACAAUAGCAGCAUUGAUGAUUUUCACAGGAAGGAUGCUGGGUUGUUGCAAAUUCAAGAUGAGCGUGACUUUGAAGAUUUUUUUCUUGACUUUGAAGAAGAUUUGAAAGCUCAUCAUUCAGUGCAAUGCUCACCUUCUCCAGGUCCCUUCAAACCAUGUGACCAUCUCUUUGGUAGCUGGCUGAUCAGAAUUGGAGUGUGGACUAUAGUGGGUUUGACCUUUGUUUGCAAUGCACUUGUGUCUGCUACAGUUUUCAGAUCUCCAUUGUAUAUAUCCUCGAUAAAAGUUUUGAUUGGUUUAAUAGCUAUUGUAAAUGCCUUGAUGGGUCUGGCCAGUGCAGUACUGGCCAGCGUGGAUGCAUCCACUUUUGGUAGCUUUGCUCAGUAUGGAGCACAGUGGGAAAGUGGAAUUGGUUGUCAAAUAACUGGCUUUCUCUCAAUUUUUGCUUCAGAGGCUUCCAUUUUCCUCCUCACCCUAGCUGCACUGGAGCGUGCGUUCUCUGUAAAGCACGCUACAAAGUUUGAAACAAAAUCCUCCUUUGCUAAUGUAAAAAUUGCCGUUUUCUUUUGCUUUGUGUUGGCACUAAUCAUUGCAGUGAUGCCACUCCUCACUGGGAGUGAGUAUGGGGUUUCUCCUCUUUGUUUACCUCUACCCUUUGGAGAACCCACUGCGAUGGGCUACAUGGUAGCACUGGUACUGCUGAACUCUCUUUGUUUCCUGUUAAUGACUAUUGCAUACACAAAGCUCUACUGUAGUUUAGAAAAGGGAGAAUUAGACAACAUUUGGGAUUGCUCUAUGGUCAAACAUAUAGCAUUGCUGCUUUUUACUAAUUGCAUUCUUUAUUGCCCUGUGGCCUUCUUAUCUUUUUCCUCCUUACUAAACCUCACUUUUAUCAGCCCAGAAGUGAUUAAGUCAAUACUGCUGGUGAUUGUCCCACUGCCUGCAUGUCUAAACCCACUCCUUUAUAUACUUUUCAAUCCACACUUUAAGGAGGACUUGGGAAGCCUGCGAAAACAAACUUUGCUAUGGAGGAGAUCAAAACAUGCUAGUCUGAUCUCUGUAAAUUCAGAAGACAUAGAAAAACAAUCUUGUGACUCAACACAAGCAUUGGUAACCUUCACAAGUGCCAGCAUAUCAUACGACAUGCCUGCCAGCAAUUCACUAAUGCCAUCAUCUUAUCAAAUGACAGAAAGCUGCAAUCUUUCGUCAGUCGCGUUUGUUCCAUGUCACUAGUUUCAGUGGCAGUACAGAAAAUACCUAUGUUUACAAAUUUUUUUAAUCCCGAAAGUAAGUAUGGGUGUGUGUAUACAAGCAAGAGAGUGCCUCUGAUUUAUUGUCACACACAUCAGAAAACAGACAGUGACAAAAGUUGCAGCAGGCUGAAAAUCCUAUACUUGAGCCUUCUCAGCCUGCUUCUGGAAUGCUGGGACAAAGAGAGAAACUGAAAGCUGCUGCAGUUUGUGCAGUUGUAUCAGCUGCUCUCUUUUAAAGUAGCACUACUCAAAAAGGGCAUCAGUUGUUCAAGAGCAAAAAUACCACAUUAAAUUGGUAAGCCUUUUUUUCAAAGCAUCACUUGGUACAGUUUGUUUUCAGGGGUUGUUUUGUCUGUUUGUUUUUCCCCAAUUAUUGUAGUUCAGUUUUAAUUAUAGUUUUUCAGUGCCAUUAUUGUUUUUAUGAGAGUCUGUGUGUGGCCCUCUUUCAGCAGAGUAUCUAAGUGGAAGAGUAGUCCUGUUGAAGUUCUAAAGGUUUCUGCAGAAUAGACUUUGAUGAAGUUCCAUGUUUGAUAAAGCUGAUUUAAUAGUUUAACUAGCAUUGGGUUUGGUUUUUAGAAGUCAUUUGACUUGCCAAAGCAUGUUUAAUUGUCAGCUAAACUUGCAAAAUUAACACGGUAUGAAAGAGAUUAAUCAAGAUCCCAUUAAGCACCUGAAAAGCAAUUGUAAAUGGCAAGCCAUUGUCACAUGGAUAUUUUUCUAGUGAGGUUCUGCACAGUUUGGUCCUGAAUUCCUACCAUGCCAGUAGAAUCACUCCCAUAAUUAUUGCUGAUAAAAUUGGCAGAUGACUCAUAGAAUUUGAGGGUGGAAAAUACUACAUAGAAAGGCAUAAAUACAAAACAGGCAUCCUGAGGACCAUUAAAGGACGCCAAAGACAUUCACAUAGAAACAUUCAUUGAAGGUCGUUUGUCUAGGAAUAGAAACUGUACUCCUGCUCAUAGCAUGAUCUCUGUCCUGUGAAAGCCUCUUGUUCAUGCUCACUAAUCAGUUGAAGAUUUAGAGGCCACUGUGUCCUUUUGGCUCAGGAUCACCAAAGCAAUAUCAGGUAGGGGUGAAGAGGUUCUAUGAUCUGUGUUCUUUGCACUGAUACAAGCACUACUGGGAUAUUUUAAACAGUCUGUGCAUUCACAUGCUGUAAAGAGCAUCAUGAAAUUGGAAAGGAUAUGAUUAUAAUGAAGUUAAAGCAGCUUACGAAAAAAGGAAUUUGAUCACAGUUUACAAGUAGCUGUUUCUGGGAAACAGGAGUUUGAGAGCAGAGGACCACCCAGUCAAAGAGGGAAGGAAUCUGAGAAGAUCCACUGGAAGUUGACAUUAGGGACAUGCAGCAUAGAAAUAAAGGUGCAAAUUGUUUACAGGGAAGGUCAUUAGCUAGUGGAACUAUAUGUCACCAAAAAUGUCUACAUUCAAAUUGCAUAUAUUGCCUAAAAAAAGUUAUAGGAGCUGCUACUGGAAUUCAGGGACUUCUGAUGGCUCUGGUUUUGGAAAAGGUUAGAUUAGAUUAACAGAGAGUUCCUCUUUGGCCUUAGAUCUGCUAAUACUUUGCUGAAUCAAGGCACACACCAGAAGCAUCCCAGUUAGAGAGAAGGGACUUAAGGUCUUUGCCAAGUCUACUGUAAAAUUAUCUCAGACAACAGAGCCACCUUCACUUCCUUGGAAUAUCAGUCUUUGACUUUGGCCAAGCCAUCAGGAGAUA